GUACGGCGUACGGCGUAAAAAAACGUUAGCACGAGAGCCGACGAUCUCGUUGCGUCGUCGUGCGCGAUCUCGCUUACGCGAUUUCUCUGCUUGUAUGCGACGAAACUGGUGCGCGACGCGGAGCGCACGUCGCGCAUUUUACCGUUUACCGAGGCUCGGCGACAGCUCCGUGUUGACACGUCCGCCGUUGACACGUAUGGCCAAAAUGUAGAUGGUUACUGCGAGAGAAAGAGAGAAGGAAAGAGUCGAUCGCGCCGAAAGGGUGAACAUGUCAUCGGAUUUCCGUGAACGAGCUUGAGCUCGAGCCGAGAAAGCACGAUAGCCUAAUCCUUAAAUCCCGACCGUUGAUUUUCUCGUAAACGCGAAACGGACGGACGGACGGACGAACGGCGCGAUUGCACAUGUGAUCCCCCCCUCUGAGUAGUCUCGACCCCAUUUGGCAGACGCGAUGAAGAAGUUCACGAUCAAGGGUGUCCUCGAUGGGUUCCGGUCGUCGGUCCCGCAGCCCGUCAAGCCCGACCAGGAGAUCGUCGAGAACCUGAGGCCGGAGCACUUUCAAGUGAAGAAGACAUUCAGACACGGCUUCCCGCAUCAACCGACAGCGUUGGCAUUCGACCCAGUUCAAAGGCUCCUAGCUAUUGGCACUAAAUCAGGAUCCCUCAGGAUUCUGGGUAGUCCGGGCGUAGAUACGCACGUUAAGCAUGAGGAAUGCGCGGCAGUCCUGCAAUUACAGUUUUUGAUCAACGAAGGAGCAUUGGUGUCCGCCACGGCGGAUGACACUUUGCAUUUAUGGAACUUUCGUCAAAAAAUACCGCAAGUGGUGCAGAGCCUCAAGUUUCAAAGAGACAGAAUCACUUGCAUUCACCUACCGCUACAAAGUAAAUGGCUGUACGUCGGAACGGAGCGAGGAAAUAUUCACAUAUUACAUAUCGAAACAUUCGUUCUAUCCGGAUAUGUAAUUAAUUGGAACAAGGCUAUUGAAGUAUCUAGAAAGACCCAUCCUGGUGCUGUAGUACACUUGAGUGAUAAUCCUUUAGAUUUGAGCAAGAUACUUAUAGGGUAUCAGACAGGGCAAAUUGUUCUGUGGGACUUGAAAAGCAAAACUGCUGACUACAGGUGUCAAACGGAUGAACAGUUGAAAUCCAUAACAUGGCAUCAUGAAGGUAAACAGUUUAUGUGCAGUCACACGAACGGUUCUCUUUCGACUUGGACCGUUCGACAAUUAAAGCCAACAAGCGUGACAUUCCCACACGCAAAAACUACCAAUGGCGAACCUGAACCAUGUAAACCCAUUCAGAAGGUAGAAUGGAAAUUAUCGAGAUCAGGGGAAGCGUAUAUCAUAUUUUCUGGUGGACUAGCGUGCGACGUCACUGGAAGAACACCUAGUAUAACAAUUAUACAGGGAAAAACUACUACAGUUCUCGAAAUGGAACAUACAGUUAUAGAUUUUGUGACGCUAUGUGAUAACCCAUGGGCCAGUGAUUUUCAAGAUCCGUAUGCUGUUGUUGUUCUACUACAAAAUGACUUGGUUGUGAUAGAUUUAUUAACUCCUGGAUUCCCCUGUUUCGAGAAUCCAUAUCCCAUGAAUAUUCACGAAUCUCCUGUAACCUGCUGUGCGUAUUUCGCUGAUUGUCCUUCGGAUUUGGUACCUGCAUUUUACUCCGUUGGGUCCAAAUCGCAAAAGAAGACCGGUUUUAGCGAGAAAGAAUGGCCUAUUUCCGGUGGAGAAUGGAGUCCCAAUUCUAGCAGUUAUAACGAGAUUAUUCUCACUGGGCACGCUGAUGGCAGUAUAAAGUUCUGGGACGCUUCCGCGGGAACGUUACAAAUCCUUUACAAACUAAAGACAGCGAAACUUUUCGAAAAGACUAAGACGCAUAGUAUAGAUUCUGAAGAGGACCCAUUAGCAAUUCAACUUAUUUACCUUUGUCCCGAAAGUCGGAAAUUAGCUAUCGCAGGAAGCGGCAAACACGUCGUAUUGUUUAAAUUUAAAAAGGUUGAGAGUAUGUCUGAAGUAGUGACUUUGGAAAUAUGCUUAUCAGUGGAUUCAUCAAGAGAAGCAGAAAAUUCACCGGAUCAUGAGUCUCCAGCAACCGGAAACACUGUGGGAAAUGUGGAAUCGAAGAUCACAGAUUUUAAUCAUCCGCUUAAAGUCAAGACGGGUUUGCAGAAAAGGGCUGCUGGUUUUCAAGCGACAUUAAUUUGUUUAACAACGGCACCUAGUGGAGAACAACCUGAGAAUAUAACAUCCCUUAGUUUAAACUCUUCAUACGGCCUAUUGGCCUAUGGAAACGAAUCAGGCUUAGUGAUAAUAGACAUCGUGCAGAAGAUUUCGUUAAUCGUAUUAAACACCAGCGAUCUUGGGGGAUCUGAUCCGCAACGUGUUUUACGCAGUCCCAAACGGCAAGACGAUUCGAAACGAGAAAAUGAAGAUAAAGCGAGAAGUCCGAGUACAGAUCAGCUAACUUUGUGUCUACCAUUGAAGCAAAGUCAGCGAGAAUCCGUGAUGGAAUCCGAGGCGAUAGUUACAAGGAUAACGGAUUCGACUCAGCAACAGUGUCUUCGCAGUGAAAGUCAAACUGGAAACAAUAACGAUAGACCGAGCGGAGAGGAAUCAACAAGCGAAGCUAAUAAAACAGGAAACCUUUCUAACGGCGACGAAUGUCAGAAAAGUCAAGGUUGGAAGGGAUUUAGUCUCAAGAGACAACUGAGCAAAGUUGAUCUGAAGAUCAAAAAUACUUUUACACCGUCCUUGGUGUCUUCUCAGAAUGGGAGCUCGUCAUUGGGGCUCAUGCAAGUACCCCAAUGCCAGCAGGUAGGCAGCGACGCUGGUAAUCAAAAGUCUUCCACAUUUUACUGCAAUGUCAGCGAAACGGCCAGCACGAGUCGUUCAUUAUCGCCGGUCGAAAGUAUCGACUCUGAGUCUUCAUUGUCACCGGAUAAUCAGUCUUCGGGAUGUGAGAGUCCCCAGAUCGAUGACAGGAAGCGAGACAUCCAAGAGGCUAGAAGCCCAACGGAAAGCGAAAACGAGAAAACAACGAUGAGCAAUAUCAGUGUAAAAACCGAGGCAGUGAGACCGAUGAACUUAUCUUUACCCGAACACGAAUUAAAACCACCGAGGCUGAAACGCAUCGCCAAAAUCAAGCAAGCAAAGAGAGAUAACCGUUUGCUCUCCGUGCCAAAUCUGAAAUUUUCCAAAAACGAGACGACCGUUUGUGACCUAAGGUGCGAAGAGAGCGCUACAUCCGAGUCGUUCACCUGCAAUCUUAUAAGAAGAUUCAGUCGGGUAGACAAAUUCGACGGCUCUUUCCAACGAUCAAGGAGCUCGAGUAUGUCGUCCCUCGAGAACAUUACUACAGAAACCAUAAGCUGCCUUACAUUUGCGGAUUCUUAUACGAAAAAAAACGAUACAAAUGGCAUGCCAACUUUGUGGAUUGGCACGUCUCUGGGAUCUGUACAGACUGUUGUAUUUAAUACACCUGCCCACGGCGAACGUAAUGCUCAUCCAGUGGUUGUGUCUACUUGUAAUGGAUCUACUUUCAAACUCAAGGGUUGUAUUCUAUCCACGUCGUUCUUAGAUUGCAACGGAGCUCUGAUUCCAUACUUGUACGAGUCUUGGAAAGACGAGAACACAGAUGGCAAAGAUCGAAACAAGAGUCAAGGAAAAGGUACAAAUAGCCGGAUGCCACCGUCGAUGAACACGCAGAUCAGCGGGGAUAAUUUCGAAGAUCGACAAUUCGUCGUGCUCGCAUCAGAAAAGCAAGCAAGAGUUGUGGCGUUACCCUCCCAAAAUUGUGUAUAUAGACAACAGCUAGCGGAGACUCAUAUCGUAAUUAAGGCGGAAGUUACAUCUCUGAAAGAUAACGUCUGCCUGGUAUGUUACGUCUCAAACGGUCACAUCACAACGUAUAGUCUGCCCAGUCUUAGACCACUGAUAGACGUCGAUUUUCUACCUCUUAUAGACUUGAGUUUUCAGACCACAAAACACGGCAUUGUAGACCCCAUGUUGUCCAUAUGGGGUCAUCAACUCUUUGUUAAUGGCGAUACCGAUCAGAUCGCAAAGACGCUUUGCUUCAGCAAUCGAGGUCACGGUUUAUAUCUGUCAUCGCCCAUGGAAAUUCAGAAAUUCUCCGUUUCAAGUGAAUUCUGCGCUGAAUUAACGGAAAUGAUGGGUGAUUUAUUUAUUGGUCACGAUAUGCCAGGACCGCCUAAAGAAAGCUUCUUCAAGGGCUUAUUCGGUGGUGGUUCGAGAAGUCUCGACCGAGAGGAGUUGUUCGGUGAAUCCAGCGGUCGCGCGUCACGCACAGUAGCGAAACACAUUCCAGGACCAAACGAAGCUCUCCGCGAGCGAGUCUCCAGCGCAACGGGUGAGGUGAAUAUGGCACAUCAAAUGGUCGUGGAGCGCGGCGAGAAGCUAUCGCAGCUCGAGGAACGAACCGGGCGCAUGAUGUCGGAAGCCGAAAACUUUUCGCAGUCCGCUCACGGAUUGAUGCUCAAGUACAAGGACAAGAAAUGGUACCAGCUAUGAGAAUGCAAUUCGAUUCGAGUCCGGUGGAAUAACGCACGUUUCUUUACUUAUUUAGCGUUCACGUUUCAUCUAUGAGUUCUUAGCCAUAUUAAAACUACUAAAAGCUAGAUAUAUUAUGAGAUCUUCACACACGCACACACGAGAAACAUUUACACGAAAGAGAUAACGGAAGAGAUAAUGUACAUGCGAUCACGCCUGUGCUGCGCACACAAUACACACGCACAUUAUUUAAUGAGAUAAACACGAGAAAAAAAAUAUAUUUCAAAGUAUGGCUGAACAUGUAAUUAUAGAUCUCUCUGCGUAUGAAUGUUUAAAAAGAGGAAGAUCAAGGCCACGGCUUUGCCGUGAUUUAUUUGAUUGCGGAUAUGUAAAAAAAUACGUGUGUGUAUAAUUAUAAUUAUAUACAAAGUACUUACGCAAAAAUGAUAUGCGACGAAAGAUGAUUGAGAUAUACGCGAGUCAAUAUAAGCAAUUACAUAAUAUAAUAUAAUAAUUCGCCUUUUAACUUUUGAUGGCACUCGUUAAUUCAUUCGGACGUCCUGUGAGCGUUGUUUAAUGGCGCCUUGCCUUGCCUUGCCUUGUUUGCUUCUCAGCAGAGAAUUGCCAAUAGGUAUGUACGAAUGCCACUUUGUUGCAGACACUACUGAAUGAUACUGAAUAGAAUCGAUUGAAAUGCUAAGAAUCGCAUUAGUUUUAUAAGUGAAAAAUAGUACACACGUAUAUGUAUAUCACAGACAUAUGAGUUCUUAGAAUAUUGCAUAUGUGUCACAUAAGAGAAUACAUAUACAUUUUAUCGAAGCGAGAUAUAUAUAUAUAUAUGGCUACUGAUAUAUUAAUAACAUAUUAAUAACGCCAUUAAAAUUUGCAGUACAGUAAACAUAUGUAGUAAAGUAAAAGAUCGUCAUCGACUAGUAAUUCUUAUCCCGCGAUAUAAAUUUUAUAAUCGUGUACAUUGUAAGCUGACUUGUAUCUAAGUAUUUAUCGUUAUGCGAUCUCGUAGACAAUUUCGUAAAUAUACGAUAAGAAGUGAGAUAAGAGACCAAUGCGAUUCUUGUACGUUGAUCGAGUUAGAUGAAUGCAGAAGGGAAUUUAUUAGGCUCGACGAAAAUGCGAUUUUACCAAGUAUUUUAAGAAAGUUACGAGGCAAGACGGCACAGUGACGCUAUUCCGAAUGCAUUGACAAUAAACGUAGUUAGUUACU